AUGUCCGACCAGCGGCCAUCUAAUACUACUUCUACUUCUUCCUCCUUUUUGGGUUUGAGGAGAACCUCUUCCUCUACCCAGCAGAGGCAAGGUUCAAGAUCAUCGCCGACACUUGCGCCGCCCAGGCGGCAGUCGACCCAAGAGAGGAUCGAGACCAUUCUCGAGAACGGCAGAGAGCGCGCUACAUCCAUGGGUAACGCGACCUGGUCGUCGGGGCGCAGCCCAAACUUUAGACCGCUUCCGCAGUCUCCCGAGGCCGACGAUGGCCCGGACGAGCAGACGGGCAUGUUCAUGAAGGGGAACCCAAGAGACUACCAGGCCACCCAGAUCGGCUCUCACAAUGCCGUGUCGCACCGGUCGGCGGGCGGGCGGGCGUCCUCUGAUUCCUCCCGGCAGACACCCGCCAAUGCUGCCGCUGCGGCAAAUGGCAAUGGAGCUCACCGUCACGAUGAAAGCGCUCAUGCGAGUGAGAAGCAGGGAUGGGGGGAUUACUUCUCUGGACUUUGGUCAAUCGAGUUGGAAAACAAGGGAAGCGUUGCCCGAGACCAUCUCGCAUUGGAAAGGACAUUUCUUGCGUGGCUUAGGACCUCAUUGGCCUUUGCAUCGAUAGGCAUAGCCGUCACUCAACUGUUCCGCCUCAACACGUCCCUGUCCAACGCUCCAGACGACGGAUCGUUUCACACGAUCCGACAGCUGGGAAAGCCACUCGGCGCCGCGUUUCUCGCCAUUUCCAUCCUAGUCUUGUUCUUGGGGUAUCAAAGAUAUGUGCAGAGUCAGCAGUGGGUCAUGAAAGGCAAGUUCCCAGCUUCUAGAGGAACGAUUGUGAUUGUCUCACUUAUUGCCCUUGCAUUGAUGGUUGUGUCGUUGAUAGUGGUGGUCGUCAUCCAACCAGCAAAUGCAGACUGA